AUGACUGUCAGGACUCCUUCAUACGAUGUUAUCCCUGGAGGAGCAGUAGGGAUAUUUAAACUUGGCGACAACCUUUGGCAUGUACUGGAACUUAUACGAACUCAUAAGACCGAAUAUCCAAAGGUUGAAGUAUCAUGGGAUGAAGAUAAUCCACACAAAUCAGCAAUAACAAUACAUUUACCAUACAUUUCAUUAUAUUUCCCUCAUUCACCACUAUAUCAACUUUUAUCUUUGAUAUCGAUAAACACAAUCCCUUCCCAACUCAAAUCCACUUCUUCAACUUCAAGUCCGAAGCCAAAUUCGCCUCCGAACUCAUAUUCGGGAUUAAGUUUGACAUAUGAAAAUCAAGUUUUAUCAUCAAGUCAUUUACCAUUGACUAGAGCAAGGGUAGGACGAUUAAUGGGUCCUACAUUCAUCUCUCAUCAAGGUGAUGUAUUGGAUUUCCCAGGUAUAACUUUCAAGUUGGUAAACGCCGAUUUGGGUGAUACACCUUUAGGUCCAAGAGAAGAUAUUGUCAAUACGAUUAUCAUUCAACCUAAAGACAAUGAAGAAUUGGAACCCACUUUGAUAUCUUGUGUAAUUCAACCAAAUAAAGGUGUUACGUUAGGCUUAGAAGGUGAUCAAAUCAUACCCAUCAUGAUAGGUAAAACAACUUCACAAGAUUUGAUGUUGGAUCUAGGCUCACCACUGAGGAAGUUCUGGAAAGAAGAUGAUAGAUUGGAGAAAAUGUGGGGUGGUAGUGGUAAUAACAAAGAUAAGGAUAGAGACCAGAAUGGAGCAUGCUUUUGGAAUUACUUUCAUUAUGGAUUAGAUUUCUUAGUUUCGAAACAAGGUAUCGUUAUCAAGAUCUUAUGUCAUUCAAAUAUCCCUGGAACACCUCUAUUCCAACGAUACGCUCGAUGUCCAUGGUUUUUACCUACAGAAUCAGGCGCAAGUUCGUCUUCCGGUCAAUUGGAUUCAACCUCAUCUUCAAACGCUUUCCGUUCCAACUUGUCAUCUUCUAGUUCAAAUAUAUCAGAAGAGUAUGUGGAUGAAAUCAGAUUGACUGUGCCUACUCCUCCACCCGAAAAGACAAAUGGCAAUGUCAAUGGCAACGGGACGACGACCGGUAAAAAGAAGAAAAGGAAUGGUUCUCCUGCAAACGCAAUGAUGCUUGAUAGAUUGGUCGAAGGUGGUUUAGAUGGCGUUUCAGGUUUAAGUCCAAGUAGAUUAAUUGGAUUUGAUGGGCUGAUUAUUGAAGAAGAUGUGAAAAGUGGUGGUAUCUGCUCUAUAUUGGUUUUUAGAGAUGAUAAUAGCAACAAAGCUGACGCUGAAUGA